AGUCCUCGGCUUCAUGGCGGCUCGGCGGCGCGGGACCCGCGGUAGCGGCCCGCGAGCUUCUGUGGCAGUAAAUGGAACUAAGAGAGUUAAUAAUGGCAACACAGCUUCAGAGGACUCUCCUUCUGCCAAGAAAACUCGAAGAGGCCCGAAGCAAGGGGCGAAAAAGGAGCCGGAGGCCAAAGGAGAGGCUACCAGUUUCGACAACACAGAAGACAAGCAAGAAAUGAUUAGCACCCUUGACCAAGGAAGAAUCGGUGUAGGUAGCUGCCAUUUGCAUACCUCUCCCUUUUGUUAUGUUUACUUCUCUCUCUCAUCAUAGACCAAUCUCCAGUUCAACAACAACAAAUAUUAUCUGAUUCAGCUGUUGGAAGACGAUGCCCAGAAAAACUUCAGUGUUUGGAUGAGAUGGGGCCGAGUUGGGAAAACUGGGCAGCACAGCUUGGUGGCUUGUUCAGGGGACCUCAACAAGGCCAAGGAAAUCUUUCAGAAAAAAUUCCUUGACAAAACAAAAAAUAAUUGGGAGGACCGCGAAAAGUUUGAGAAGGUACCUGGAAAAUACGAUAUGCUACAGAUGGACUAUGCCGCCAAUACUCAGGGUGAAGAGGAAACAAAAGAAGAUAACUCUCUUAAACCUCGCUUGAAGCCAGAGUCUCGGCUAGAUCUCCGGGUACAGGAGCUGAUAAAGUUGAUCUGUAAUGUCCAGGCCAUGGAAGAGACGAUGAUAGAGAUGAAAUACGAUAUCAAGAAAGCCCCACUUGGAAAGCUGACAGUAGCACAAAUCAAGGCCGGCUACCAGUCUCUGAAGAAGAUUGAGGGUUGUAUUCACACUGGCCAGCUGGGGCGAGCUCUCACUGAAGCAUGCAAUGAGUUCUAUACCAGGAUCCCACAUGACUUUGGACUCCGGACCCCUCCACUAAUCCGAACAGAGAAAGAACUGUCGGAAAAAGUGCAGCUACUAGAGGCUUUGGGCGACAUUGAAAUAGCCAUUAAGCUAGUGAAAACAGAGCUGCAAAAUCCAGAACACCCUUUGGACCAACACUAUAGAAACCUACGCUGUGACUUGCGCCCUCUAGACCAUGCAAGUUCUGAGUUCAAAGUGAUUUCCCAGUACCUGCAGUCCACCCACGCGCCCACACACAGCGACUAUACCAUGACCUUGCUGGACGUUUUUGAAGUAGAGAAGGAGGGUGAGAAGGAAGCCUUCCGAGAGGAGCUCGACAACAGGAUGCUGCUGUGGCAUGGUUCCAGGCUGAGUAACUGGGUGGGAAUCCUGAGUCGUGGGCUUCGAAUUGCUCCACCAGAGGCUCCCAUCACAGGCUAUAUGUUUGGAAAAGGAAUCUACUUUGCUGACAUGUCUUCCAAGAGUGCCAAUUACUGCUUUGCCUCCCACCUAAAAGACACAGGACUGCUGCUCUUAUCAGAGGUAGCUCUGGGUCAGUGUAACGAGCUACUGGGAGCCAAUCCUGAGGCAGAAGGAUUACUUAAAGGCAAACACAGCACCAAGGGGCUGGGCAAGAUAGCACCCAGCCCGUCAGGCUUCAUCACCUUGAAUGGGAGUACAGUGCCCUUGGGACCAGCUGGUGACACAGGAGUUCUGAAUCCAGAGGGUUACACCCUCAACUACAAUGAAUUCAUUGUCUAUAACCCCAACCAGGUCCGUAUGCGAUACCUUCUGAAGGUUCGAUUUAAUUUUCUACAGCUCUGGUGAGUGUUUGUAUUAAAUAAACCAGAGAACAUAUGCUCGUCAAUCAAGAAAAUAAGCAGUGUUAUACUUGGGGAUUUUCUGAUACUUUUGGUAAUAAACCAGUACUACAAACCA